UGAAAGAUGGCUCCUAAAUUUGAAAUAAUUGACUCAGAUCCUCAUUUUGGCCGUGUCAUCAAGUACUUUAGAUUAUCAGACUAUGGGGCAUGGGCAAUAGGUACCGUUGGUAUGCCUGGUUUAUUCACUGCCCUUGAAUAUUUCGAUCAUAAUAAUGGCCGUGCAUUCACUAAACCAAAUGGUGGUGUAUUAAGAGUAACAACUUUAUUAGGUUUUAUUGGUGGAUUUUUCAUUGCUUAUAAUAGAUCAACUAAAAGAUUUUGGGGGAUUUCUGAAAAUUCAAGAGAAGUGCAAAAGGAUAGAUAUGAAAUCAAAUCAAAAUUGAGUAAAGGUGAACCAUUAUUUGGUAAUUCAACUUUAACUCCUUGGUUACAAGGUGUUGCUUCAAGAAAUUCUAAAAAUUCUCAAUUGAAUUUACAUUUAAUUCCAUGGUUUAACCUUGUUAGCCAUAAUAAUCAUGAUAUUGAUUUGAAAAAAUAUUAUGAAGUUAGAGAAGGUGAAGAAGCUUGGGGUUUCAAAUUACCACCUUUUGAAGAAUUGAAACAACCAACAUCUGUUUAGGUUAAUCCCAUCAAAUAGGGAGAACUCUUAUUUAUUAUUUAUUUAUUUAUUGAACCGCCACCAUACUUAUUAACCAUCUAUUUAUUACUUAUUUAUUACACUUCAAUUAACAAAUAUUGAACAAGUUAAUUUGUAGGUGCUAAAAUUCCGAGUCGUGAUUACAUAAGAUUUUUUUUCAUGUCCAGAAAUUACAUCAAGAUCUUGAACAUUUGAGUCAAAACCAAAAGCUCAUUUCAUUAAAAACCAUCUACAAAUUAGAGAUCCCUGGAGGAGACCAAACAAAACCCAC